GUCACACUGCACUCAAUAGCAAUGACAUAACCUCGUUUAUGUCUGCAAAGUAAAUUUUAUUUUAUUCGUCCUAAAACGUAAGUCGCAACUUGCGUUGUGGUCGACGACAUGUUGAAACUGAGCCUUGUGAACCAGUUGCGAUCGACGUACAAGCGCUGUUUGGCCGGACAGUCGCUGCAAGCAAAUGUGGCGGACUCGGAGUACUCUGCGCAGCCGGUGUAUCCGGAGAUCCAGGAUCCGUCCUUCAAGGCCCGCAAGCAAAGGGAUGCUGCAGACUGGCACGAGGAGAUCCGACAAGUGCCGACGGUGGAGGAGAAGCUAAUCAAAAUAAAUAUUCCCCGCUAUUACGGCUACAAAGUGGUUGACUUCAACGACUCCAAAAUUCCGUACAAUGCACUGCCGCUCACGCAACACUACACGCGAACAGUUCUGGAGGAUCUGCCACCUCUGCCAGGAUCGCAGGUGGUUGACCAAGGCGACCAGCCCAAGCCCAGCGAGGAUGCUAGUUUUAAGACGGUCCGUGAGGAUGUCAUUGAAGCCCUCGAGUUUGCACACGACUACUACAAGCAUCAGGAGAAGCUACCCAACUCUGCUCAACCCAGUGCAGUGGAACGUGAGCAGAUUCUGACGCAGAUCAUUGUCGAACAGCUCAACCGAGCUCUGCUGCAGGCUCUCAGCGAGGACCACAAACAUCUAGAUGAGGUCGAGGUUGACUACAAUCCGCGCCACGAAGCCUUCUGGGCGGUUGGCGGAGUGGAUCCGCCAAAGAACGUGAUAAACUCUAAGAAAGGCAGGGAGUGGCAAAAGGACAUGGCAAACGAGAGCGUUGAUCGGCUGGUCCAGUACACGGGAACGCCAUACCUGUCUCUGCGCCAUCGAAGGCAAUUGUCGCCGUGGAAAACGACUGCGGAAAGCGAAAACAUUGAGUUGAGCAAACAAAUACCUCGCUUCAAGCACGACCCGCGCACCCUUGGCUAUAGCACCAAGCAUCAGCAUGCUACCAAUGUACCAGGCUAUUGGCCCAAAGGAAAUGAACAAAACUUUGGGCUGCUCUCAUUUCAAUCGAGGGCUCACCUCCAGCUGCGACCCAAAUCGUAUGGUGAGAGUGAUCUUCAGGAGGCUCUUCAUUCUCUGGCCAUUAAAUCAUCCUAUGCGUGGCUUUUGGCCCAGGCGAACUACAACGGUUUCAACACCUACAACGAACUCACGUAUCCCAUGAACACCCAAACAGUGAUCACAAACGGUAGGGAAUGGAGCUUUUACGAGUACCAAUUGAACACGCUGCUGCUGCACGGCAAAUACCAGGAAGAUAAUCCGCGAGUAAACUUCUGUCGCGGGACGAAGCCUCUGCCCCUUUACGCAGAGAUUUCGACGAAUGGAAAGUGCGUGGACUUCAACGAUGCUACUCUCCGGCAGCUGCUGAACUUCUACGCUAACGUACCAAGUAUUCAGCGGAGUAACGAGGAGCAACAACCGUAUGUAGCGUCCGACAUAUCCGCCUAUGAGAACCCCGAGCAGCGUGACUUUAUCGCUAAAACCUUUAAAUAUUUGGCAUCGAACCGACCACGACAUUUGGAGUUGCCUGAAGUCUACCUAUGGGAGAAGUUAUACAAGAUUGAUAACAACAAUCGCGCCAUGGAGGCCAAACGUCGAUUCUUUACGCUGGAUGUCAAUCCUUGGCGACGAACCCUUGAUCAACAUGACAAGGUGUAUGUGCCACGGGCAAUCCGUGGUAAGAGUCGGGAAAACAGAUACAAGAAGACUUACUACCCUUGAAUAAAUUAAUUAAUUUUAACAUUUCCGAAGUUAAACUUGUUAUGACUUGCUGCAUUUUUAAUAAAAAAAGAUUCGGCACACUAA